UCGCCCUGGCUGUAAUCAGUCAUGGAGUGUUCUUCGCACAUGCGUGACGAAGGCGCAUCGUCGAAGGGACACGAUGGCGAUCGGCUGGACAUGGAAUGCGGUACCGUCCGGUAUCGUCCAUGGCUCUACGCGGUGUGCUUCGUACAGAAUGCCAGGGAAGUAGGUGGGAGAAGGACACAAGACAGGCACACACAGGACAAGUAGGUCAGGACGGACCGUCAGGUAAGGUAAGGGUAAGGUACUGUAAGACCAGAGAAGCAACGAAGCUUAAGCCCAGCACGCGCCUACGGACCCAAUACCCACAAAUCUGCACUCUUCUCCAUCCAUCAUCUACAAAUUCGUAUCCAGACAAUCUUCCCAGUAUCCAUCCCAUCAUCCACUCACCUACUCCACUCCACUCCACUCACACCAACCCAUGUCAGCUCCCCCUUGCCCAAACACACAGACGAGCAAAUCAAAAGAAAAAAGGGAACCCUAGCAGGAGCAACAGGAGCAGCAUGAUGAUGUCCGGCCCGCCACUAAUGAUUUGUUCGGUUGGUUGGGGGCCAUCCCCUUCCCUUAUUGUACAGCCCUUACAGUUUCCAACCGCAGCCACGUGAAACGAUUUGGAUGGCUGAACCAGCGCCACACCUCGCGACCUGAUCCAGGGGCUGCGCGUCAUAAACGAGCGGAUGUGCCGAGAAGCGAACGCGUCGUGAUUCUGUUCCGCUGUCUGGUCACUCUGUUGGGCUGUCUGUCUCUGCCAUCUGGCUGUCCGUCUGCUCGCUGCUCCGGGGUUCCUCACCGUAUCUUAAGUUAUAACCGCCGUCUACUUUAUUGCCCUCCUCACUCUCUCGCUGGUUCUCUUGACUCGAUCUCCCACCCAUCGGCAUAAUAAUGCUUGUCAAUUCAACUAAUUACCCCGUUAUCGCUCACUUAUGCCAUUUCCUAUUAGACUUUACGAUACGGAGUACUCGAGAACAG